CCGGCGCUGCCUCCUCCACGCCGCCGCGCCCCGGCGGGAACGUGACCACAGCUCGCCGCCUGUCCGCCCGCGCGGCCGCGGAGCUGUCCGCCAUGGAGGCUCCCUAUGAUGGCGCUGAGGUCACGGUGGUGAUGGAGGAGAUAGAGAGCACUUACACUUACACCUCUCCAGUGCCAUCCAAGAAGAAGAAGAAACAUAAAAGUACUGGUGAUCAUGGAGAAAAAGCCAAGAAACCUCGAUCUGCUUACCUUCUCUACUAUUAUGAUAUUUACUUGAAAGUACAACAAGAGCUUCCACACCUCCCUCAGUCCGAAAUCAACAAAAAGAUCAGUGAGAGCUGGAGGUUGCUCAGUGUGGCUGAAAGGAGCUACUACUUGGAGAAAGCCAAGCUAGAGAAAGAGGGACUGGACCCGAACUCCAAGGCAUCCACUCGAGCUGCAGUGGUCCCUGACAUUCCAGGCUUCCGCAAGAUUCUUCCCCGCUCCAAUUAUAUCAUAAUUCCCAAAACCAGUCUUCAGGAGGACAGGAGCAGGCAGUCUCUGGAGCUGUGUGUGACACAGAGCCCAGCAGCAUCUGAAGGCUUGGCAGCUCCCAGGAAUGUCACCAGUGUGCCCCGUGACACCGUGCAGAGCAUCCUUUCCGUGGACUCGGGCCGGACCGGCGUCUCGGAGCAGUGCAUCGCCAUCGAGGGGCUGGCAGAGGACACGGCAGCCUUUGCCCAGCCUGAGGCUGCAGAAGAAGCUGUUACCUCAGAGGUUCUCUCUCACUACGUUGGGCCUGUGACAGAGAAAGUGGCUGGAGAGAUCCUCUUGGAUGAGGCUUCUUUGGAAAUAGAAGGGCAGCCGUACCAGGCAGCGCGAGUGGUUAUUGAGGAGACCCUGGUGAGCAGCUCCGCAGAGAUCUCCACCGGGGGCAUCGCUGUGGCCCGGCCCCAGGUGCCUGAUGGGGUGUCUGUGGUGACCGUGGUCACUGGGAGGGAUACUGAAGAGAGUAGCUCCUCCACACCUGCAACGCAGUUUAUCAUGUUACCUUUGCCAGCUCACUCUGUUGUGGAGAACCCAGCGUCAAUUAAAUUGACAACCACCUAUACUCGCAGGGGACAUGGAAAUUGCACCAAUCCUGGCUGUUCCUUCACUUAUGUCACCAGGCAUAAGCCACCAAAAUGCCCAACAUGUGGGAACUUCCUGGGAGGGAAGUGGAUUCCAAAGGAAAAGCAACCAAAAAGCAAAUCUGAGCCAAAUUCAGGCACCUCUCUCAAAACUCCAGCAGCUAAAAGAGGUCAGCAGUCAGCCCUCACAGAACCCAUGGCCGCCAGUGAGAGUUCCUCCAAGUCUGCCUUGGAGAGCUCUGAAGCUGUCAGCCAGCUGCUGAGUGCUGUGCCUGGUGGAGGGCAGAUGCCUGAGAUGGAGUGGGAGGAAGUGAUCAUCUCUGAGAGCCACUUUCUCCCAAAUAAUGUGCUUGCUGAAGACAGGAGCAGUGCCCAGCAGCAAGCGGACGCCUCUUCGGAGCAGGCAGAGAAAGGAAGCUUAGGGCAGGGAAUGCCCACAUCUUCUGAGGUGUUGAGUUCAAAUGCCUCUGUGAAAAAGCCAGUGGUGGGAACUGAUGCAACAGCUGCUACACACAAGGGACAAGAAGCAAAGAGCAAAUCAAGACCCAAGCCCUCCUUGCUGGCUGCAGCCAGACCCAUGCGAGCCAUUCUGCCUGCUCCAUUCAUUGUGGGGAGAGAAGCCAGCACAGAGCAGCUGAGCAGCAGGCAGGCCUUUGCAAGUGCUGAUAAGCAUUCUCCUGUGAGAACAUCAGGCUUGAAGCCCAGUACACUGAAACAGUUGGGCCAGUCAGUUCUGCAGCCACCAACUGCUGAGGAGCAAAAGCUCCACAGUUCUGUGACAAGCAGGGCAUCUCAGGUUAAAGUUGUGGAGGUCAAACCAGACAUGUUCCCUUCCUACAAGUACAGUUGCACCGUAACUUUGGAUUUGGGAUUGGCAACCUCACGUGGCAGAGGGAAAUGCAAGAACCCCUCCUGCAGUUAUGUGUAUACAAACAGGCACAAGCCACGCAUCUGCCCAAGCUGUGGUUACAACCUUGCCAAAGACAGGACUGAGAAAACAGCAAAAUCCCUGGAGGUGAGUGCAGGCCAGCCGGGCGUGCUGAACACCAGCGAGCCCCUGACGCCGGCGCAGAAGGAGACGCAGCGUCAGUCCACGCUGCAGCUGCUGCGCAAGGUGAUGCAGAUCCCCGAGAACGAGUCCGAGCUGGCUGAGAUCUUCACCCUCAUCCACGAGCUCAACAGCUCCAGGCUCAUCCUGUCCAACGUGAGUGAGGAGACCGUGACCAUCGAGCAGACCUCCUGGUCCAACUACUACGAGUCUCCGUGCGUGCAGUGCCUCCUCUGUAACAGCCCCUUGUUCAAAGGGGGACACAAUUCCCUUGCUGGUCCUCAGGAGUGCUGGCUGCUGACAGCCAAUAGAUUACAGGUGGUUACAGCUCAGGUCAAAGUGUGCUUGAACCUGCAGUGUCUGGCCCUCCAUAGCUUCACUGACAUUUACACAGGCCUUUUCAAUGUGGGUAACAAAUUGUUAGUGAGCUUGGAUCUUCUGUUUGCAAUCCGAAACCAUAUUAAACUUGGAGAGGAUCCCAGAGUGGCUGUUGGCAAUAUCCUUGACUCUGUUCAGGAGCAAACUGAUAAAAGCCUGAGCCCUGAUGAGCAGGCUCAGCUCCAGGAGCUGCUGUGCAAUGGCUACUGGGCUUUUGAAUGCCUGACAGUCCGGGAUUACAACGAUAUGAUCUGUGGAAUCUGUGGCAUAACCCCCAAGGUGGAAAUAGCCCAGAGGAAUACGGAAAAUGUCCUAGCACUGAAAAAUAUAGAGUUUACUUGGCCAGAAUACUUGCCAUCAAGUGAAGUGAAUGUGGAAGACUUUUGGUCCACGAUGGAGACAGAGGUGAUUGAGCAGGUGGCUUUUCCUUCUAGCAUCCCCAUCACAAAGUUUGAUGCCUCUAUUGUUGCUCCUUUCUUCCCUCCACUGAUGAGAGGAGCAGUGGUGAUCAAUACAGAGAAGGACAAGAACCUGCAUGCACAGCCAGUGCCAGGUAACGGGAGUGCCUUGGUGAGGCUCCUUCAGGAAGAAGUCUUCAGGCCUGAGCUGAUAAACUCUUACAGUGAGGAAGAGCUGCAGAGCUUUCUGACACAGUGUGGCAUCCCCUGGGAGGCAUCACAUACCAAGGAUGAGCUCUGCUACUCCCUCCUGGCUCUCUAUGAGUUUGUACAGAAUGGGACAAGCAUUACACCAUCUUCUGCUCAUCACACAGGAGGGAAAAUCUACAAAGUGUGUCCACAUCAGGUUGUGUGUGGCUCCAAGUACAUAGUAAGAGGAGAAAAUGCUCGGGAUCACGUGGACUUGUUGGUAUCCUCACGUCACUGGCCUCCAGUGUAUGUUGUUGAUUCAGCCUCUUCAGUGGCACUGUGUGCAGACCUCUGCUGGCCUGGCCUGACUUCCCAGAUGUGGGGGAAGAACCAGGGCUGCUUUUCUGACCCCAUGGAACCUCCAACGUACGUGUCCUGCCCCGAGCUGCUGGACCAGCACUACAGCGUGGACGUGACGGUGGCCGAGCCCUCCCUGCAGCACCCCAUCACCAAGUCGUGCGCGCGCCGCAUCGUGCAGGCGGGCGCGGAGCAGAGCAGCCCCUGGGACGCCACGGCGCGGCACCGCUGCAUCGCCCUGUGCCGCGAGCUGGAGCCCUACGGCGCCAUCGCCGCCGCCAUCGGCGACAGCCGGACCAGCACCGUGCGCCAGCGGCCCAUCACCUUCGAGAACCCCACGCACUAUUACCUCUACAACCGCCUCAUGGACUUCCUCACCAGCAGGGAAAUCGUCAACAGGCAGAUCCAGGAGAUCGUGCAGAGCUGCCAGCCCGGGGAGGUGGUGAUCCGCGACGCGCUCUACCGGCUCGGCGUGGCCCAGAUCAAAACGGAGACGGAGGAGGAGGAAGAGGGGAAGCAGGAGGAGGAUGGAGGUUGGAGAUGUGAUGCUGGUGGCUUUGACUGCUGUUACUGACCAAAGAGCUCUGUGCUUCCAUAGGAUCGUGAUAGCUGCUGUGCACAUGGGUCUGUCACCCCCUUGCAGACGGCUGCAGCUGCCUCCAAGGCAUGUGAUGGACCUGCUGUUCAGGGCUGUAGGAUGUUGCCCUCCCUGCAGAGGAGUUGCUGGUAGCAGGGAGUGUGUGUGGUCAAGCACACACGGGUCAUUUAAUUCUGAAUCUUGCUUGCUGACUUCUUUGUGCUUAUUGGUGGCAGGGCGGGGGGUGUGGGACCAGGCUACAAUGGUAGAUGGCUACAACGAUUUCCCCCAAAACAUUCUGAAUAGGUGAAUUUAGGAUACUGACUCCUGCUUGGUAAACUUGCAGAGCUCUCACAGCCAUUGGCUGCAAGGAGUCGUGAGGAGGAGGAGCUGUGCUGCUUUAACAUGCUGUAUCUGGGGAGCUUCCCUGGAGGCUGCACUCUUGGUCCAGGAUUGUGAAUGCUUUGGCUGCAGGGAGUUUCUAGAAUUGUUUGUCCCUUCACAUGAGCACUAAUAAUUUAGAAGCCAAAAGGUACAGUGAGAGGAGAGUGUUCAGUAUAGUAAGGUAAGAACUGAGCCCCAGGGCAGCUGAGGGGUUGGAGGAUGGUUUAAGUGCUAUGCAGGGGUGGCUGUGGAGAGGGGAGGGACAUCCAAACACUGUCUGAGGGGUCAAGGAGGAAUGAUGAAUGCAGUGUCACCAGAGCGAGCAGGGUUCUGUAUUCCACCCUCACGGACGUGCUGGGAGAGCUGCACCCAUCACUUUGUCAGGUGUCACACCUGCCUGCCCGUGUUCCCACAGCACUCUGGGGGUUAGAGGAGUCUCCUGCUGCCCAGGUUGCUUUGUCAGCCCCUUGAGAGGAGUCAGUAUGAGACCUCUGCCUGUGCAGCACACCUGAGGAACACCUGGGGCUGUGGGUGCAAAGCUGUGCUGUGGCUGCUGCAGCUCCCGUUGCCCAUGGCUGGUGGUGAAGGUGUUUGCUGUGACACACAUAGGAAACAAGUAGGAUGCCAGACUGCAAAGUUGCCAUCUUGGGAGUUUAUUUUGUCUGAGUGAGCAGUGGGGAAGAUUCUGAGGCUUGCAGUGUGGUUGAAAACUCCCUUCUGUGAAGGGGAACCUAUUGAGUACUGUACUGUUAAAGUAAAUGUAUUGAGUCUGAGCAAAUGCAGUAAUCAUGGCUUGGGGUUUUUCUGUUAAGAACAUUAACUUAUUAUAAGAGACAUUAGUGACUUUUUUCAGUCAGUGAGAAAGUUUAAUAAAUUAUCUCCAAUUUUGGGGGUGAAA